UGGUAGUGACCAUGGCACACGAACUGUGUCACUGUCUGGGACUGGACCACUGCACGUACUUUGCGUGUGCGAUGCAGGGGUGCGGCAGUGUCGACGAGGCACAGCGGCAGCCGCCGUAUGUGUGUCCUGUCUGUCUAGAGAAGCUUUGCAGUGCGAUAGGGGAGGGUGUUGUUGACGGGUGGGAGGACGAGGGGAUGAGAGCUAGGUUUGUGAGGGAGCGGUAUGAGGCGUUGAGGAGGGUUUGUGGGAGAUGGGGGGAUGCGAAUGUGUCGAGGAUGUUUGCUGGAUAUAAGGCUUGGUUGGAUGCUGUUAUUGAGCGAGGUUCUAGAAAGGUUGUUAUUGUAAUUGAUGACUGAAUGGGUUUGGAUUGACAAGAUUAUGUAUGGGAUAUAUAGAAGUAGAAGCUAGGCUGUGUUAUGACCGGGGGGAUGAGUGAUACUGACGAACAUGUUCGAGCUGGCCAGUAAAGUCUUAUACAUCAGCUCUUGAUUAUAAUAUAGAC